CCCUGCGUGGGAUCAGGGGAGCGUGGCCUCUAGGAACGAGAUUCCCACCGGGUGUGCAAAAAUGGAGGACAGCGAAAGCAAGAGGCUUUUGCACGAUGAUAAUAUUGCCAGUCCUGAUAGGCAGAAGGAUAUUGAAAACAAAGAAAUAUCAUCAUCGAACGAAAGGACAUGCAAAGUAUACAAGAGGCGAUGGUAUGUGCUUUUCGUGUUCGCGGUGACCUCGAUGGUAUCGAACAUGAUGUGGAACACUUGGGGUCCUAUCCAAAGAUCAUGUCGGCUAGUGUUCGGUUGGGAAAAAUGGACAGUUCUAUUGCUGUCGUCGCUGGGAGCGAUCGGUCCUAUCAUGGGUGCUUUUCCUUCAACGUGGCUGAUGGAUACGAAAGGUAUUUUGCUCCUUAAAUUACAUGCAAUUAAAAAUUCAAUAGAAGAAACCCUUCAGCGGUCAAGAAGUUGCAAACCUGUGUUUUCGUAUGAAUUGUUUACAAUCUUGCGCCCACAUGUAGAGGUGUUAUAAUCCUUUCAUCGUUUACCAAGGAAAAAGAUAUUUAAUUUUGAGAUAAUAGGGAAAAUCAUCGAAAUGCCAAGCAAGACUAACCCGACAUAAAAGCUGAAAAUUAUGUUUAUUAGAUCCUUCCACGGUUUAUAGCGGCCAUAUUGUUUGGGGGUCAAACAAAACCUGACUUGGUUACAACUGACGUUGCAGUCUUCUUUUGAUACUUUAAUCGACGCCGCUUUUUGGGUGACUUACUAUUUGAAUGCUCAAAAGGAGUCAAAAAAAGAGUAGGUAUAGGGUUACUUACAGAAGGCUUCCUGUCGAAAAUGAUUAGAGCAGGCGACAACACUCUCCCUUGACUUUCCUAUUGAGAAAUCUUUUCUUCCCUUCUGAACCUGUCGAGACCAUGCUUCAAUCAACGAUUGCUUGGGCUUGUGGAACGAUAACUUCUCUACAUGCGAGUGGAUGACCCAUUUUUUCGGAUAUCUUCUGUUGUUGUUACAACCGCCGACACAACACUUAUCUCCAAAACCCAUUUAGCCAAGGGUUUCUCUUUGCCGAGUUAAUUGUUUUUCAAUAGUAUGUUAGCCUGUCUGGACGAAAAAGUUUUAAGAGCACGUAAACAUAUUUAUUUCAAUUUUUCCUCUGCCCAAUUAAGUUACUUAAUUACAAAGAGUCUUUCGAAAAAGCAGUACUGUGCCGGACCUUCUGGCAUUAUGCCAGCCGCGAGGUCACGUUCUAAGAAAACGAUCCCAGUGUUCCCAUGAAAGGCAGAGAAGGAAAAGUUUUUCGCCUAGAGAAAAAAAGGUCACUCACAUUUAUCAAUGUCUUAUCUUUUUUAGUGAUGGAUAUUGAUUCUUGUUCUUGAACAAAGCAAAAAUUAAAUGAGGGUUGCAAUGCAAGUCUUAUUAUCAUAAGAGAUUCUAUGGCUCGUUGCCUAGCAAAGAGGUUUUGUUUGACCCCCAACCAAUAUGGUCGCUAAAACCGUGGAAGGAUCUAAUGUAUUUAUGAAUGUUAGAAUCCCUUUUGUAAUGUUUGAAGAGGGCAUAAGUUACCAGUAAUUGGAUCCUUGUGUUUGCGAAAAGAGUUCUGGGAUUGCCAUGGGCAAACAUUGUAACUCGCUCUAAAGGAACGUAAGGCGAAAGGUUGCUUUGAUGCCCAAUAAAGCAAUUUUUGCGAGAGAUUAUGGCUUUUUCGCUGCAGUUUUAUCAUACAUGGAUAAAGAUACGUUGGCACAAGGGAAGUGUAAGUUUUUGUUAAAAUUACCUUGAAACGUGUUAUAAAAAGUACCAAAAAACUCUCUCCUUGUUUAAAGUCUAUUGUGAAAUUGUCAUUGCAUAAUGGUCUCAAAAUAUUACAAAAUUAGCCAGGAAUAGCUUGGAAAUAACUCUUUUAAGUCUUUUCAGUUGUAUUUAUAAAAGUAUAGCCUGUUUUCAUGCUUGUAAACGUAUUUAAGGAACAAAUUAUGAUGUUUGAAAGUAUACCUCCUUUAAGGAGAGAAGUCGUUGUCCAUGGAGAUGGAAAUUAUUUUUACCAGACUGCUCUCUGAAAGGAUGAGAUAAGUGAUGAAAAGCAUAAGGAAAUCCCUCGUUCAAGUAAUAGUUUGUUUGAGAAAAAUCCAAAGGUCUUUGAGCUACAACUUUUCUCCUCGAACUCCUUGGAAGAUCUUGUCAGGAAAACCAAGAUCAUGGGAACUCUGUCAGAAACUGUGGACUGAAAAAAAAACUUACAUCUCCCUUGUAUUAAUAUUACCUAAAUCUAUUUCUGAUAAAAAAGCUACAAAAAAGCGAAAAUCUCUCACUAAAAUCGUUUUUUUGGACAUCAGAACAACUGUUCGCCAUACAUUUCCUUUUAGUGUGUUGCAAUGUUUGCCCCAUGGCGAUCCCAGAAAUCUGUAUGUAAACACAAGGAUCCAAUUACUGGCAACUCAUUCAUUGCUCAUUUACUGCCGCAACAAUUUUGGUGAGUACAUAACCGAGUUUAAAAGAGUUUUGUCCUCAAGUUUGUGUAAGUGUAUGGCUCCCUCAAAAAUGUCAAUAUCAAUGUCAUUGUUCUUAAUGUCAUGCUGAACUUUUUUAAUGUUCCUGGAGCCUCUUAAACUGAAAAGAGCAGAUUGCAAAAGCACAAAUGAAACUCGAGCUGUUACCCAGGAGAUGGCUGUGGAAUAUUGCUCUUCUUUCUAUGAGGCAAUGACCUCUGCUACCAGUAAUCUACAAUGAAACCUGAGGCAUUCUUUCCCCAUCUCACCCAUUGUCAUAAAAACCAGUGGAGUGAAUGUUCCCUGUUCCACAUCAAGUACUCUUCCAGAAUACUAGUGCUUCUUCUUGUUCUCAUGUAUUUGAUAGACCUGUUGGGGUUCCAUGUUCCGUUAUGAGUCAGAAUUAGGGUGACUAACUCUCACAUCAAAGAAUGCCGCAGGAUGACCUGGUCAGUGUAAUGACAUUGGUAUCAGUUGGAGUCCUUUAAAAACAGCAUCUUUCUUUCCUUUUCAAACCUUUUAUGUAUGUCUACUGUCAUUGUGAUAAUUUUUGUAAAAUUGAUGCUUGUUAUUGGCAAAUAGGAAAAUAUCAAUUAUUCUCAGGGAAUCUCCAUAUCAGUUUUGUUACUCAGCAAAAUAAUUAUUUAAAUUUCUCUUCAUAUUUAUUGAUUUUGAUCAGAUGAGGAUUUUAUUGAUUCUCAACACUGGGCUCCAAGUCAUCCAUGUAUUGACAUUUUCUGAACAAAAGAACCUAAUUGGACUAAUGUUGAAAGGGAAGUUGACAGACUUAAGAAAAAAGGGGGCCUAGACCAUUUCAGGUCCUCUCUCUCAACUCUCCACAAAUUAUUUUCAUUGUAGAAAAUUUUGUUCCUCUACCUUAAGUGUUACAUUUCUUUUUCAGCAGUUCUUAAACCCUUUACACCCUAACAUCAGUAUACAUAUUCUCCUUACUUUUCUAUAUACAUUUCUUAAGGUGCUGACAACGAGAAUGUGUUUUAUUAUAGAGAGCUUCUUUAGUUGGUGAUCAAUUUUCCUUAUUCUUGUGACGUUAAUGUAUGAUUAGGGGUGAUAAUAUUAAAAGGAGAAAUUAGGUGCCAGUCACUCUAAGUCAGGACAAAGGUUUAAGCCUUGUGAAAAGUACAUUCCUCUAAAUGCAUUUCUGUUAAUUCUGUACAAUUUAUUAUUUUAUUAAAUUUGAUUGUUAUUAUGUCUUCCUUCUUUGCAGGAUUAAGGUUAUCUGUUCAGGUCACAUCUGCAAUGCUUCUGGUUGGAAAAGUAAUUCAAGUGAUUCCUUUUCAAGACCUCACAGUAAGAACUGUUGUAAUUUUCAUUGGCCAUCUUAUAGCAAUGCUGCCAAGCUUUAUACCAAAUGGAGCCCCACCCUUGGUGUCAACAGCUUGGUUUCCUCCAAAUGAACGCACAACUGCUACAGCCAUUGGUACCCUGGCCGCUAAUUUUGGAGUUGCCCUGGCUUUCUUUAUUGGACCCACAAUGAUACCCGAGACAAAUGAUACCUUUGAGGGUAACAAGCAUACUUUGACAGACAUGGAUGUUAAGUUCAUUGAGGGCAGACUCAUGGAUUACUUCUAUGUACAGAUUGGAAUUGCAGCAUUUCUUUUUUUGUGUGUUACCAUCUAUUUUCCUUCUAAACCACCUCUUCCUCCGAGUAUAACACAAUUAACAAGAAAACAAACCAAAAUUGGAUAUGUAGAAGGAAUUAAAAUGCUGAUAACCAAUUGGUCCUAUUGGUUGUUGAUCUUUGUUUUUGCAGCAUCAUUUGGCAUCUAUUUUGGUUGGUCAUCAGUUUUAGACCUUGCUGUUCAGCCUUUUAAAAUUGAUGAGAAAACUUCUGGAUUGCUGGGAACUGGUGGAAGUUUAGCUGGAAUUGUUUCUGGAAUUAUUAUUGCAAGGUAAAAACCUUGUUUUUGUAAGGUUAUAUUUUAUUAUUUACAGGUUAUUCUGGUUCUGCUAUUUGCUAAUCUCAAUCCUUUCAACCCUACCGCACCACAACACUGUUACAUGUUUCCUUGUACUGCAUUUUCCACAAACUUUAAAGAUUGUCCAUGACUGUGCCUUUUCUUUCUCAACAUAUAAACAAAAAGACACAUUUCAGGAAAAGCCCUCAUAAUCUGUUAAAAUACUACUUUAUGAGUUGAGCAUAUAACAACCUUUACAUUCCAUGCUGCCAUGCAUCCUCUCAGUAAGAGACUUGCAUUAGAUUAGGUUCAAAUACCAUAUGGUAAGGGAUAGAACCAGUAGCAAGUGUGAUCGGGAUGGGAAGGGGUGAAAGGCUAGUAGAGUAAAAGCCAAAAAAAAAAGUCCUAGUAAAUUUUGAAGAAAUAUUUUUAAUCUUAGGUAGAUAAAGAAAAGAAAUCUUGCACUCUCUUUGAAGAUUUUCACCCCUUAUCACUUUUUUAAUGGUACAGUAAACACCCGCGUAUAAGAACCUAGUGAUUUAAGAACCUAUUGGCUGAAAUUGGGCAUUUUAGUACCCAAAUACAUAAGAACCUAUUUAGGCUGGCAAAGAACAAUAGGUUCUUAUACAAAAAAACACUCUUAUUUUGUAGCCAAAAUACUGGAUUUUAAUUGAUAGAAAUUGUGAAAUUUCUGAGAAACACCAUCAGAACUUAUAUUUGAUUAUUUUCAAAUUGGUUCAAUUUUAAUUCCCUAAAUUGGGUUGUUAUUUAUUUUUGCUGUUUUUAUUUAUAUAUUUAUAUUGCUGUUAACAAUUUACAUUAUUAUCAAAUACAACUGUAAAUAUGGUAGCCUAUGAUACUGAAUUUAUUAUUGUUCAAAAAAUAAGGCUUGGCAUUUUUGCUGUUUAAAAUACAAAUGUUCAACCAUUAUGACAUACUAGUACUACAGUAGUUCUCUGAAUGGUAUCACUAUGACAACUCCUACAAAUAAGAACCUACUAAGAACCUAAUCAGCCUGAGUUCGGAAAAACUACCCCAAAAUAUAAGAACCCAUUCAGCCUGAACCCAAAAAUUCUAGGUUCUUAUACACGGGUGUUUACUGUACAACAGGAGGGUUGGAAUCUCUUUAUGUUUAACCCUCUAACUCCAAGGUCUGAUUGUUAAUUCUCCCCUCUUGCUGCUACACAAUUCCCUGUGAAUUAGUUACAAGAAUAUGAUGUAGGAUCAAAAUAACAACUUCUUCCUGAUGAGUUUUAGUAUUCUCAUUAACUGUUUGCUAGAAUACAUGUGGAUAUCAUAGGGAGAAGUUACAUGUUAAUCACUUCUGGGAGUUAACCCCCAAUGUUUAUAAUGCCUAUAAUUAUAUGGCAAGAGAGUCCUGAGGUGAAUCCGAACAUUCUGAGUGGUUUUUACUCGGUUGGGAUUUUUUCAUUUGGACUAAAUACAAGCCAGGAAACAGUCAUAAGCCUUCUACAUUUGUUGGUAAAAGCCAGAAAAUUCAAAAGAAACAAGUUUGCUACUUGUGUCAUAUAAUUAGAUACUUCCUAAUCUCGUUUGCUCUUGCUGUACAGGGUAAUAUUGGCCCUUGGUCAUUUUUGUACGGUUCUUGGGUAGUAACUAAGUCGGUAACAAAGAAGUUAAUUAUUACAAUUGGUUAUCUUUUGUCACAAGUCUCUUUCCUUUGUUGUCAGGUCGGCAGAUAUCGUAAAGUGGUGGACUAAGGAAAUCCUUGUGGGUCUUUUCACUGGCACUACUAUAAUGCAGCUGAUCUUCACUCUGACCUGUUCACGAAUCUUGCCCUUUUCCCAGGAGCUUUUAUUUGCUUCAAUUAUCUGCAGUGGGUUGUUGUUUAACUGUACAAUUCCACUUCUGUUUGAGCUUAUUAUGGAGUGUGUUUACCCUGUGGGGGAAGGGACAUCUGCUGGCAUAGGCCUUGUUCUGGCUAAUACAGUGAUAUUUGUGUUUGAUGCAGCCUUCAUGUUUCCCAUGUCUAAUGUCCAAUGGAUGAACUGGGUUAGUGUAGGUGGCAUUGCAGUUUGUGUUCCUCUGCUUCUAGCAUAUAAGAGUCAAUAUCGAAGGCUUGAUGUGGACACUGAUUGAAUGAACCACCAUCAUCCUAAACUAUAAUCAGUUCCUCCUUUUUAGGAAAUCCAUUGUGCAAAUAAUUGAUGUUGGGGCAGCACUUGGAACUUUGGAAGUGAGAUGCGUGCCUUAAACUUUUUAAUUUUUUUUUUUCGACUUACCAUAAAAAAGGGAAAAAGAAGGAUUGUUCAUAGUCUACUGUCAUCCACUCAGAAGCUGCUUUGAUAAUUUUAUAGUGGUUAAAAGUAUUUUAUACAUUACAAUAUAUUUCUCAAUAUUUAAUGAAGAUCUUAGGGUGGAAAAGUUGAAAAUUGAGUUUUCACAUAAAACAACUUGGUAGAGUUAACCCAUGGGCAAAAAUUUUAAAUUUUUUUCUUUUGGGUCACUUAAAUGCAUGAUGGAAGGUACAAAGUACCCAGAGAUUUGGUUGAUCUAUUUAGGAAUAUUUUCAAUUUUUGGUACUUACUAAGUACAAGUGAGUUUGGAAACAAAAAUGUAUUUAUAUAUUAAUAACUAUUUUUCGAUAUUUCACGAAGACCUUAGGUUGAAAAGUUGAAAAUUGAGUUUCCACAUAAAACAACUUGGUAGAGUUAAUCUAUGGGCAAGUAUUUUGAUUUUUUUUUCUUUUUUGGUCACUUAAAUGCAUGAUGGAAGGUACAAAGUACCCAGAGAUUUGGUUGAUCUAUUUAGGAAUAUUUUCAAUUUUUGGUACUUAUUAAGUACAAGGAAGUUUAAAAACAGAAAAAUACCAACAUGGUUAAACCAACUGUACCAGGAAAAAUAAAAAAAAACUUUUAGAUUGUAAAAUCAUGUUUUGUUUAAAAGACAAUUAAGUUGGUAUGUUGGAGACAUUAAAAUGGGCAGACAAACAAGGUAAAUAAAGGUUGUGUAUUGUCUUAUAAGUCAGGUAGAAACUGUCAUUAGGAUUAUGUUUGCUGCAGUUGUAUAUGGUGU